CCUGUUGCCUCAGGUAACUGAAUUCAGCAGUGUAAGGGGAAGACAUAGGGCAGGUAGAAGACGGCAGUUGGGUAGCUUGGUAGUUUGCUUUUACACUCAGCUCGAGCUUGUGCUCGUGUCCAUACAGGACAGCUGUGGAUUAAUCUUUCUGUUGUAGGUCAGAGUGGUGUUUACCGGGAAAGGAGGACAAAACACAGACUGCACUUCCGGACUGCGUCAUUUUUCUCGCUCUUUUUCUCUUCUUCUGUCUCUAUGCCACCCUGACACUACAACACCAUGUCAGGCCAUGGCAAAAGAACCUCUCAGAGGUGGGAGAGAGCAGGACACCCUGAAGGAUCGUUAAUGCAAAGUAGUAGGCAGUAUGAAGAGCGCAGUGUUGACCCAGUCAGACUUGAAAUCCAGUACCCUGGAGCUGUCCACAAGGUCCGUCAGAAAGAUGCUAACGGUAAUGCUACUGAGCCAGAGACCGUCAGCUUUUUGCCUGGCAAGACAGAGCCUUCAUCUGGUUCCUGCAUGUGUGCGCCAUGUGUCUCUGUGAAAAGCUGUAGGACAUUUGCGUGCAGUGUGUUGACCUGUGGACUGUAUCGGGUGUGUAGGAGAAUGCCAUGUCUUCUGUCUGGGGAGGCCAAGGCUGAUGAGCCAGAGGUUGUCAAAGCUGUGAGUCCAGAUGAAAAGACUUUUCAGGAUUUUUAUCCCGACCUUUGUAUAGGCGGUGUGAAAGUGGAUCCAUCGGCACUAAAAAAUGAUCAUGAGUCAGUCUCGUUCCGACUUCCUAAAACGGACAUGGACAGCCCGACAUAUCUGAGUGUCAGCAAGCAUUUUAGUGAUUUACAAGACAAGGACUUUAUUUAUGAAGGAACGGACGAGGAUGUGGACUCGCUAAUCACGCGUAAGCUGCUGGAGGUUUUCUCCGAGUUCGAGAUCAACGAGCUGGCAAAAUGCACGUCGGACUCCAUGUUCCUGAAGCGCUCCCAGGAGAUCAGUCAGCUCAUCUCGGAUAUCGUCGAGGAGCAUAACAUUAAGGAGCAGGAAGCAGAAUGCCGGUUAGUCCGGGAGAUCAUUCGUAUCAGCACGCGAAAGACCAAGAAGAAAGCGGCUGUCCGACAGCAGGAGCUUCAGAGAGACAGUGGAAAUGACACCUGGAGAAGCAGCAAGAGAAGCAGCAAGAAGAACAGCUUCAAUUCCAUGAGUGACGGAAGUCUAAAGAUUUCAGAGGAGCGAUCCGAUGACAUUGAAGCACGAAAUAUGCGGAACAACAGUAAACAGUCAUACAUGGUCAGCUUUCCUGUGUCUCACUCGCCAAACUGCACAAACAACGUCACACCCAUCACAUCAGACACUCCUUUACUCUCUCAUGGAGUGAGAGCCUAAACAUAUAGUUUUUGGUUUUCCCCUUAAAAUAUUCUCUGUGUGACCUCUGUGUGACCUCUGUGUGGGAUUGGGGUGGAUCAUGUGCAUUACUUUUACUUUAUAGCCUAAAAAGGCUUUGACUCAUUUAAAAGCUAUUGACACAAUUGACCUUUUUAUUCAUGGAUAAAAAAUUGUUGCCUUGUCCUAGAUCAUAAUGAUCGAUAAGGUAACAGACAUGAGCAUCAGAGGUGAGCAUUUAGUGUUUAGAAAUUUGUUCCUCAGAAGAGCCACUUUUGCACUUUUCUUAAAUAGUGACUGAAGGACAGCUGACUUUUGCUCUUCCUCUUCCUCCAGCUGUUAUGCCCAGGCGAUGUAUAUGAUAGUAAAUAUUACUGUAGUUUAAUGCCUUUGUGACAUUGUAAGUUUUGGAGUCUGGGUGUGUUUGUGUUCGUUCUCAUUGCUCUGUGGUCUCAUUCUCAGAGAAUUCGAUUAUUUUUUUUGUUUGUUUGUUUUUUUUUUUUGUUAAAUCAAAGUUCAAGCUAAAUGUGUAAUAUUACAUCAAUUGUGUGGAAUGUCUUGCUAGAUUUUUUUGUGUGUUAGUUGAUUUCUGUAAAUAAAGUGUAAAUUAAAUUCAACUGGAAGUCUCAAAGUAAUGCUGACCUUCAGAUACAUUUUAGUUUUGUACAUGAACUUCUCUGCUGCUGGUUUUUCUCUGGCACAUAUUUCCCUUUACUAUUACACUUCUCAUUACUUCGGGACAACUAUUACACUGUUUAAACACAGUUAAAUUAAUGCACAGUGAAGUUUGGGAAACAAAGCUUUUUUUUGUUUAGUUGUUUUACUACAAUAAAAAGCACCAGGAGCAGUUUGAAUAAAAGCCAAAGUUCUGGGAAAGGAUAGAAACUUUAACCUGCCGUAAUUGUAUAAAUCUCGAUUGUAUUCAUUAUGUUAAUAGGUAAGCUAUAUAAACUGGUGAAAGUGCUUGGAAAAAAGAUAAAUUAUGUCUAUAAAAUUAUAUAUAAAAAAUGUAAAUGUUAUUUGAACAUGUCUAAACCAAUACAAACACAAGCAUUGAUACUAUUUUUUGUGUAAGAUUGAUGUGUAUUAGAAUUAUAACAAAUAUAAAUCAGUUAACUGCAAAAAGA